GUUCGGUUUGCAAGACUUCUCUCAUUUUUUCCAUUCUGGGAAAGCCUUUCAUGAAGUUUUGUAUGUGAAAUGGAGGAGUGGUAGGGAUGUGAAAAAGAGCCCAGGGGUAGGGGGGCGACCGAGUUUAGGGGCGCAUGGGAGACCCAGGAAAAUGGAGAGCUGGGUUUAUAUUCAGGGCCCGGCCCUUGCUUAUAGCUUGGCACCCCGCGGUCCGGCGCGCACGGACGGUGCAGUGACACGGGGCGGUCGAUCCACAGGGUCCGCCCCAUGAGCUGCGGCACCGCCCCCGCGGGUCCUUCCCGUCCCGGUGCAGCUGCUUCCGGGCUCCACGGUUCCCGGCGGCUCCGCGAGGCCGCGGCCCCAACGCUGGGCCCGGGAGCAGUCCCUGCGCACAUCACCCGGAUGCGUGGGUUCCCCAGGUAGGCUCGUGCUUUGUCUAGCGACUGGGAUCUCCGAGGACAUCUUAGUUCUGACCUUGCGGAGGUCGCGUCUCUGCUGCGUGUUCGCGGGCCAAUCGGGCCACUUUGUAGAAAUCAUAGCCCUCUAAAUCAAGAGACGAACGCUGCUGGCUGGAGUUUGCUGGACACUUUAUUCCACCUCCCAACAAAGAGAAUUCCUAUUCCACGAGGUCCCUUGGGGCAGCAGUUAAAAACUACACGAUCCAGGAGUACCUAGAACUUGGGUCCACCUUCCUGCCUGCUUUCUUGGAUGAAGCACUGCCUCCCCAGUUUCUGGGGCACCUUGGGGCGUGGCCUUGGUGAGUGAAACUUGGGGUGCUGCCUGCUGGGAAGGAAAUCCGGAAACAGAGGACACUGGUGGUGACCCAGGCCCGUCAGAUCUGAGACUCUUGGAAUCUUGUUUGUGGGGGUGUGGAUGGUGAAUGAAUUUGGGUGUGCCUCCCUUUAUCCCAAAACUGAAGAGGAAGCAAACCACUUGCCACACUUGAGGCUGCAUGACCCUUCAGAGAAGGGAGGAGCGACUUCUGAAUUCAGAGUACCACUGCAUCACCAGGCAAAUACCUGCUCUGAGCCAGAAAGACUCUGCCUUCUGAGGAGAUCCUGAGAGUCUGAGCAAUACCAGGAAGCAGCUUCAGAAUUUAGGGGCCCAUCACACACCCCAACCAUGUUCCUGCGACGGCUUGGUGGCUGGCUACCUCGCCCCUGGGGCCGCCGGAAACCAAUGAGGCCUGACCCACCUGAUCCAGAACCCAGACGGGUGGACAGCUCUCCUGAGAAUUCAGGAAGUGACUGGGAUAGUGCCCCAGAAACCAUGGGAGAUGUGGGGCCUCCCAAGGCCAAGGACUCAGAGGCAUUGAGGGUUUCUAGAGCUGCUUCCAAACCAAGCAGUGAGCUCCAAGCUGAGCAGCUAGGUAGCAAAACAAUGGAUUCCCUCAAGUGGGACCAGCCUGUCUCUAGCACUCAAGAGUCUGGGAGACUGGAGGCUGGAGGGGCCAUUCCCAAACUCGGAUGGGAUCAUCUGGAUUCAGGUGGCACCAGGAGAUCAGGGGUGUCCCCUGAAGGGGGAUUGAGCGUCCCUGGGCCAGGAGCCCCAGUGGAGAAACCUGGCAGGCAUCAGAAGCUAUUGGGCUGGCUGCAUGGGGAACCAGGAGCUCCCUCCCGGUACUUGGGGGGCCCAGAGGAGUGUCUGCAGAUCUCCACCAAUCUGACCCUGCAUCUGCUGGAGCUACUGGCUUCUGCCCUGCUGGCCUUGUGCUCACGACCACUGCGGGCAGCCUUGGACACACUGGGCCUGCGUGGACCGCUGGGCCUCUGGCUACAUGGCCUACUGUCCUUCCUGGCUGCCCUGCAUGGGCUCCACGCUGUUCUGAGCCUACUUACUGCCCACCCUUUGCACUUUGCUUGCCUCUUUGGUCUCCUACAGGCCCUGGUACUGGCUGUCAGCCUCCGGGAGCCCAGUGGGGAUGAGGAGGCCACUGACUGGGAGAGUAAGGGGUUGGAGGGGAAGGGGGAGGAGCAGAGGGGAGACCCAGGAAAGGGGCUGUGAUCGUGGGGUGGGGUGGGGGCAAAGGGUGAAGAUAGUGUGGGCUUUAGGAGAAAAGUGUGGAGCAUGACCCAGACUGUAAGCAUAGGGAUCUCAGGGAUGGGGAAGAAACCCCAGAGUAUGAGGAUGCGGGCCCCCCUUUAUACACAGGAGAGAACAGCUAUUUAGUGUGUUUGUGUAUGGACAGUGAGGGCAUUGCCCUUGGAUUCACCAGCUGUUACUACUUUUUGAUUUUACAUUUCUCCCACCUUCAGUUUUUUCUUUCCACCUCCACUUUUUAAAAGAAAAAAAAAAAAAAAAAAAAAAAGUGUGGUGGUAAAGAAUAAAGACCAAAGGGUCCUCUCUACCUUUCAAAACUCUCCUGCGGUGGAGGAGAGCAGGGCAGGAUAGACAGACCUCUGCAGUAAGAGAAUGGUUGGGACACCUAAGGUACUCCUUGGAUCUCGGGAUCUGAGCCAUCGAGGGAAGAGUGGAGCUGCUAGGCAAGUGGAUUAGGGGGUCUGUAUAGGGCUCCACAGGUGACAAGGAGCCUGAGGGCGGAUCUGGUGAUCAUGGGAGCAAGAGGGAGUGGGGACAGUGCAGGCAGUAUUGGCAGGAGGGCCAAUGCAGAAGGGCUGGUACCUCAGGCAGUGUGGGGGAAGCGCUGGAGCUUGUAGUCCCCACUUGGGGGCUAGGGGUCUACUCACUCAGCAAUAAAUGACUGUGUCACACCAAUUCCUAAAUAUACCACUACAAAGUGAGAGUUA